AUGCCUCAGCGAGAGAGUCAGUUUCAUUUGUCUAACUCCUCCCGUCCCUCGCAAAACACCUACAGAGAAACUUCCUCCCGUCGGAACACCAGGUCGUUUAGCAGGGACAGACGACCGACCACCCAAAGACAUGUACGAUCUUCACAAGAGAUUCCAAGCACCUUUCCACAUGACUCAGCCAGACGAUUGCCUACGAGAUCGUCACAGGCGCGAGGACAAGAAACGGAGUCUGAAGACGAUGUCUCCGAAUAUGGGGACCCAUCAGAAAGAGCUUCACAGAUUGAUUUACAGCUUCAUGGCGAGAUGUAUUUGACAAAAGACGGGAGAGUCAAUGCCCGACAACCUACGAGCCCGCCACUCACAAGCCUACCACCCCAGGAGUCUCAAUUUCAGCAAUCCUCGUCGAGGGAUACGUUACCGUCGGCCGCACGAAAUAGAGAAUCUGACGCGAACCAGCCGCAUGACACUUUUUAUGCCUCCCCCGGGCGUGGUAAUAGGUCUCCUACCCGUCGAAACGCCCUAACUAGUCAGACACAUACUCACUCCGGUCAUCAAGAUUCUGAGUCUAUUAGAACAUCGUCGGGGGGGACCCGCCCCGAAGCCCGUCGUCAACUUUCUGAGCUUUCUAGACCGGCGUCGAUAAGAGCCCCUUCCGAAGUCGUCAGGAGUACAGAUUAUGCUAGUGGCAGCGGCGGUGGGUAUUCUGGAGAGUCGUCGUCACAAAAUCUACUAGCGCCGGUAGACCCUACCGAUCCCAACAAAACCAGAGCUCUCCGACAUCGUAGCUUAGGGCAAUUCGACAUUGAGCUGAGGACUCUAAUCGAAAAAGCUGGGUGGCAUCUCACCAAAGAGACACUAUUCAAAAACCCGAUGCCCUCGGUAUUGGAAUUGGCGUCCAUGGUCAGAAAUUCAUGGGAUUUUGCCAGGGCGGGAACCGACUUUCCAGCGGAGUUGUCGACCGGCGUGUCCGGGCAGGUGAGGUUUUAUCAUCAACGGACUCGUUCACACAUGAUGGAGAAGGCAAAGGCGGUAAUCGCGUUAUAUUACGGCCUAGCCGGCAUGACCGGCGAGCAAGCAAAAGCCCGUGUCGAUUACCUCCUGACAGAUGACCGUUUCAAUUGUGAUCCCACUCAUUACGAGCCCGCGCAAUGGCAUUUCGCCGCACCUCAAAUACCGCGUUUUAUCGUCUACGCCUACUAUAAGACCAAUCGUGGGAUUGCCGUCAACCAUCCGGAAUUUGAGAGUUGUCUCAACCCGUCUUUUAUCUGCCUGGUUUCUACUGUACUUUACCAUGCGCUGAGAGUCCACGUAAUUGGAGGCAGCAACUGGAAGAAUGGUGUCUUCAAUAAGGACUAUUGCGGCGUAAUUUUCGAGAGGCACAUGCGCACAUGGAAGAGGUCCUUCCCCGACGAUGAGACGUCAAAUCUAGUACUGAAGGGGAUUCGACACGAGAUAUUGAAACGGAUUAAGAGGACAAACUGCUGCAGGAUUACCGCUACGGAGAGCAGGGAGGCAAUUAUUGACCCUGGAGUAGGCAGCUUUUUGGAGGGUCUCCGAUCCAAGCUCAGUACGGAGACUGACGACGACGAUAUGGGGUCCGACGAGGCAGGCGACCCGCCGUUUGACGAUGACGACGGGGAGGAGGGCAAUGUCACUCCACCUCCAGUCGGGGACUACGUAGUCGAUGCAGAAAGCCAGAUAGAUGGGACUAUUGGAACAAUUACCGGGAUUAAUGUAAAUAUUGAAAACGACGUAGAGAGAGAUGUCAGUAUGACGCAGGGCGGAGAAGAGCGCUCGGGAGAAGUGGUCAGAAGACGGAGAGGGAGACCGCGCAGGAGCAAAGUACAAAGGGACGACUUCCAUAGACCAAGAUGCGAGCAUAAUGGUAGAGGGGCUACCUCCUAUGUCCAGAAGACGAGCUCGUCUUUAGACGUCGUGACGACGUCUUUGAGGGAUGGGAGAAGGUUUUCGUCUUUAGCCUUCGUGACGUCGCCGGUUGCCCAAGAGACGCAGGGCUCUCGUCGCGGGGCACCCAGGUGUCGGUAUGCAGGUAAGAAAUCGCUUUGUGUCGUCUGGAGCGUCUAG